CAGAAWGAUUGAAGAAAAUAGAAAAUUGCAGGUCAAACAAAGUUUGAGUACGAAUAGAACGUACGUAACUCGUACUAGUGAAAGGACAUCCUAGAUGUCUGAAAGAAUGAUCCCUCAGAAGUCUACAAUCCAUCGYAACCAACCCUGGAGCACAAGAAGCCAGCUAGUAAACCAUCUCUUCAAAAGAGGAGGCGCAAAAUCUCACAGCAGCUGUAGUAUCCCGAGAGAGCUAGUUUACACAAGGAAAAUUCGUCGUCGGCCUUUGGUAUGAAAAUUCGGAGCAAAAACUCUCCGUCCCCUUUGUCKUUGAUAAUUCCAAUUGCUAUCAUGUCGGUGCUGGCAAUGACAAGGAAUGGCCUCAAAGGACGUAUUCUCGUCGACGGUUUCGCUUUGAGUCGCCAAUCACGAGCUCGRUUCUCGAGAAGUGCUGCAGAUAAGGUAUCYUCGACUUCAUCAUCAUUAUCUUCAUCUUCGGAUACAAUCAAUGGUGGCAGCUCCAAGGUAGAGAGUGACGCAUCGGUUUCYACGAGGUUGUUCUCGGAAGAGAUCAAUGUCUUGUACGAUUCGAAAUGUAACGUUUGCAAACUCGAAAUGGAUUGGUUGGUAUCCCGCGACAUUCGCUUAAACGGUCCGGACAACAGAAAAUUGAGACUAACGGACCUGGAAGACAAUUUCGACGAAACCGAUCCCGCUAACGGUGGAAUAGACUAUGAUACGGGCAUGGCGGCGAUAUAUGCCAUCAAACACGACGGAACAAUCUACAAGGGCGUACCUGUGUUUGAAAUUUCCUAUGACCAAGUAGGACUGGGAUGGAUUUGGAAAAUAARCAAAGUGCCAGCAGUCAAUCGAUUUUUGAAUUGGGGAUACGAGAUUUUUGCACGGAACCGGACGAAGAUUACCAGGGGGACGCCUCUCGAGGAAUUGCUGCGAUUGAAUGCCGAAAAGAAAAAGGCAAAGGCAAUGGAGGAUUGUGAAUCUUGCAAUAACAAGAUCAUCUAGAAUACAAGUAACUGUUUCGUAAUCAAUGUCAAAUGUGAAAGAACAACUUGAAUAAUACAUUUYAAACCGA